UUAUUUUUCAUUAAUUAAUCUUUCCAAAAAAAUUAAUUCAUUAAUCAGCCAGUGGCAAAUUCUAAGUGGAACUGUCGGAAGGGCGAGGCAGAAAUCUCAGAAUACUUGAAAAUAAUCAAGAGACUCGAUUCCGGCCUACGUCCGAAGUCGUCGAUCCAAGGAGAACACGAGGCAGGCAUCUAGCAUAGCUGAAUUAAAGUUUGCAGUUCCGAAUCCUUAAAAUCGAGAGGAUUGUUUAGGUUUUCGUGCACUCUUUUGUUAUUCUGACUGGGAUAUCAUACUUAGAGCACGAGCAGAAGGCAACCAUGACCGAUUAUGUUCAGGAGCAAGAGAUGGAAAUUGAAGCAUUAGAAGCUAUCCUUAUGGAUGACUUCAAGGAACUUCACACGGGUGAAAGUGGACUGAACACAUCCAGAAGAUGCUUUCAGAUUGCUAUAUCCCCUCAGGAGGAGGAGGAGGCAGAUGAACCUACAAACUCAUCAGUUAGGCUUGCUUUGAUUUUCUCACACACUGAAAGGUAUCCUGAUGAGCCCCCACUUUUGGAUGUCCAAAGUUUAAAGGGAAUUCAAGGCGGAGACCUUAAAAUUUUGAAAGAAAAGCUUCAACAAGAGGCAACUGAUAAUCUUGGUAUGGCAAUGAUCUUUACAUUGGUCACAUCAGCAAAAGAGUGGUUAUCUGAACUAUUUUCCAAGGAUGCUAAUGAUGAAAAUGCUGGAGAAGCUGAAGUUGCGAAAGAUGAGAUAGUUGUGCCUCAUGGAGAACCGGUGACCAUUGAAACAUUCUUGGCAUGGAGGGAAAGAUUUGAGGCAGAACAGGCCCUCGAAAGAGCCAAGUUAAUGCCAGAUUCAGCACUUUCAGCACCCAAGGAGAAAAAGCUGACAGGCAGACACUGGUUUGAAAGUGGAAGGGCAUCUGCGAAGGGCGCAACGGCUGUCGCUGCUGAAGAGUCUGAUGAAGGUGAAGAGGAUAUUGAUUUUGAUGAUGAAGACUUUGAAGUGGACGAGGAUGACAUGCUCGAGCAUUAUCUUGCUGAGAAAACAGUAUCAUCCUCCCAUUCGUGAUUUGUGAUUGUUGACCAGUUAUCAUGUAUUGCUCUAAAAACUCUCCAAUUCUUUUGGGGCAAGUUUUUCAGCUGGUAACACUCUGGUUCUAAAGCUACAUUAUUUAGAGAGAGGUUUGGGGACUCAUCCUUGACAUUCCUUCAUUUUGAAUUUUGAUAAUUGUAAUAUUCAUUAAGAAUAUUGAAGAUCAAGCAGUCGCAUAUAUAUCGGCAUAUAUCAGUGUUGCACAAUUUAUUUAUGAUUUGUUUAGGAGGUAAAAAAUAUCCCAAUUGUACUUGCGUUUGACAACUGACCAGUAGAGGAAGAAAUUUGCUCCCAUAGUCGUCAAAGCAGAGGUGCAUAUUUGAGUUGUUCCACUUCCACACGUUGAUGAACAUCUCUUCAUGUAUUAACUAAUUAACAAGUGAAUUUCUGCUUAUAUUUUUAUUUGAAACAAUUACAUAUUUAUAACUAAAAUAAAAGUUAUUUAUAAGAAUAUGAUAUCCUAAUUUCUAAGUAU